AUGAUCACCUCGGUCGCACGAACGACAAGACCGGCUAGGCUCGCCUGGAUCCCGGCACGACCGUCCACAUGCAACGUUAUCCAGCGUCGGUCGUACGCAAAGGCAGCUGAUCCAGCUCCCGGUUUGGGCAGCAAGACGGCCAGCGGGAGCUCGCACGGCGAUCAGCAGCAAUGGCAGCGCAAGCAGCCUCUGGCGACCGCGCAAACCCUCACCCUCUUCUCCGAAACACCACAAGGCUUGCUGAUCGCUUUGCGGUCCACGCUGCAGAGCAUGACGUCGCUCGCAUCGAGACUGGGACCUUCGCCGAACGCAUCCUCGUCAAAGAAGGGCCACCACGACCACGUCCUGCUGUACGCUCUUAGCAAAGACCUACCGCCGCAGUAUCUCAGCGAGGCCGUCUCGAUCCUGCGUGGCCCGGAUCCGACAGCAAAUCCGACAUCGCAGCCCAAGAAGAAGGAAGCCAAGGGCAUGACUGCGGCACAGAUCGCCGCGGCAGAAGCAGAGGCUGCCACGGCAGCGCCGGAGGACAGCGACGCGGCGUCCAAGAUCGCGCGUAUCGGCAUUCUGUCUUCGCCGCUGCCAGCAUCGUUGAUCCCAGCCAACGCGAUCGAAGCCGGUUCGCCGCCGAUUGCUACGCCGACGCUGUACUCUGCCGCCCUGUCGCUGCUGCCAGGUGUCAACGCGAUUCCGUUCAGAUCGACGAUCCCGGGUCGCUCAGAGGUCGCGGUGGGCCGAUGGAUGGACCGCAAGCCUUCAUGGCAGCAGGGCGCAGAACGCAGAGCUGACCUGCUCGACGACGGCAACGGUGCCCUGCCCGGAGGCAGUCGUGACUGGCGCGACAUCUGGGGUCGCGAGAAUCUGGAGGGUAAGAUCCCGGAAGGUCUCGAAAGCCUCGACCCCAACUCUGCAGCAUCGUUCAUCUUCUUCUCCGACAUGUCUCCGCAUGGGCUGAUGGAGGGUCUCGCGACGCAGUUCCCAGCCAGCUCGGUCCUUGGCCUCACUGCUCCCCCCACACCCUUCGAGACCGGACGGGAUCAGACGAUCCUCAUCUCGCUCCCACAGGGUGGCCGGGGCGGCGUUCAGCCAUACAGCAGCAUCCAUACCGACGGCGCAGUCGGUGUCGCCCUUGUCGCCAGCAACGACGCUCGCGAUGCAGACCACCUACCCAUCCCCAGCAUUAGAACCGACUUCGAAGGUCUCCGACCCUUCGGUCCUCGACGCGAAAUCACCGCCGCGCAAGGCAACAUCAUCUCGAGCCUGAACAACGCCAAUGCGGCGCAGCAGUUCCUGCGCGACAUCCAAGCGCGAGAGCACCCUCUCGACAUCGAAUCACCGGCCAAGGUCGGAAGUUCCGAUGCGCAGAAGGAGGCUGAGAAGAUGUCGGAGCAGCAAGCCAGGCAGAUCGCAUCCAAGGUCAAGAAGGAGGAAGAUUUCUUCAUCGCCGUCUUUGCCGAACCGGCAUCGGAUGUUCGGUCGGAACCGCUGAUGCUCGCCCAGAUCCUCUCGGGUCAUCCAUCGCGCGGCACGCUGUCCAUCGAUACGCAGGUCGAACUGGGUCCCGGACCAGGUCAGCCUCAGGGCACGAUGAAGACCUACGCUCAAUUUUACCAGAUCGAUCCUGCCUUCGCAUCCAAGGGAAACGAGGUUACGGCCGAGCUCAAGCUGCUCAGUCCGAGCGCGAUCGAGAUCCCCGGUCCAGAUCCGAGCGUAUGGGUCACACCACGGUUCCUGUUCCUCUCGCUACCGGUGUCGAACGAGCAGCUGCCCAAGGUGCAUGAGGUGAAAAAGGGCAAGCAUCAGGUGAUGGCUCUGCCGAAUUUGUUCAUUGCCGCGUCGGAGAGAGGCUGGAUUGCAGGCAAGGGUCAACGGUCGCCCUUGACGGACGAGCAGAUUUCGCAUCAGAAGGGUGAAGGUGAGUCGGUGAGCCCCGUGUUGGGUUUGCAGAAGGACGGAUCGUCGAUCGUCACUUGCACCGUUCCGCUUGCCAAGGCGACGUUGUCGUUGCGCGCGUCAUCGUCGUCAGAGUCGAAAUAG